CCCCGCGGGCCGAGGUCAAGGGCUUGCGGCGCCGGCGGUACCGAGCGAACAUGUUGCUGAGUGGGUGCGCGCGCCUCGGGACGCGCCUCUGCCUCCUGCGCGGAUUCGGCCCCGCCCGGCCGGGGAGCACCCGCCGCUGCCUGGUCUCCUGCAUCGACCCUUCCAUGGGACUAAAUGAGGAGCAGAAAGAAUUUCAGAAAGUGGCCUUUGACUUUGCUGCCCGGGAGAUGGCGCCAAAUAUGGCAGAAUGGGACCAGAAGGAGCUGUUCCCCGUGGAGGUGAUGCGGAAGGCAGCGCAGCUGGGCUUCGGGGGCGUCUACGUCCGCACGGAUGUGGGGGGCUCUGGACUGUCCCGGCUGGACGCCUCAGUCAUCUUCGAAGCCUUGGCUACGGGCUGCACCAGCACCACCGCCUACAUCAGCAUCCACAACAUGUGUGUCUGGAUGAUCGACACCUUCGGGAAUGAGGAGCAGAGGAAGAAGUUCUGCCCCCCGCUCUGCUCCAUGGAGAAGUUCGCUUCCUACUGCCUCACCGAGCCAGGGAGUGGGAGUGACGCCGCCUCACUGCUGACAUCAGCUAAGCUGCAAGGAGACCAUUACAUUCUCAACGGCUCCAAGGCCUUCAUCAGCGGAGGCGGCGAGUCAGACACCUAUGUGGUCAUGUGUCGGACUGGGGGACCGGGCCCCAAGGGCAUCUCAUGCAUCGUCAUCGAGAAGGGGACCCCUGGCCUCAGCUUUGGCAAGAAGGAGAAGAAGGUGGGGUGGAAUUCACAGCCCACCCGUGCCGUGAUCUUCGAAGACUGCGUGGUGCCUGCAGCCAACAGGAUCGGGAGUGAGGGCCAGGGCUUCCUCAUCGCCAUGAAGGGGCUGAACGGGGGACGGAUCAACGUCGCAUCCUGCUCCCUGGGGGCUGCCCACGCAUCCGUCGUCCUCACCCGGGACCACCUCAACAUCCGCAAGCAAUUUGGAGAGCCCCUGGCCAGUAACCAGUACCUGCAGUUCAAGUUGGCUGACAUGGCCACGCGGCUGGUGGCCUCGAGACUGAUGAUCCGCAACGCGGCCGUGGCGCUGCAGGAGGACCGGGAGGAUGCCGUGGCCCUGUGCUCCAUGGCCAAGCUCUUUGCCACAGACGAAUGCUUCACUAUCUGCAACCAGGCCCUGCAGAUGCACGGGGGCUACGGGUACCUGAAGGACUACGCUGUCCAGCAGUACGUGCGCGACUCCAGAGUCCACCAGAUCCUGGAAGGUAGCAACGAAGUGAUGAGGAUGCUGGUGUCACGCAGCCUGUUGCAGGAGUAGCACCCAGCCUCGAGUCUGGCCAGGGGGCUGCUGCGGUCAAAAACCAGGGCUGAGCGCCCAUGGGGGGGUAACGGGAGAAGGGCGCUUCCACAACUGCAGCAGUGGCCCCUGCAGGCAGGGCUGGGCAAGCCUUUGCAGAGGGACAGUGUCAAAUACCGACCACAUGCGUGUCUGGGAAAGGUGACUGGGAGGAAUCCCCGCUCACGCCAAAGCCCUUCCUCCGACCCACGUGGUCUCGCUGCUUCACCAAAUCCUUCCAGGAGUCUUGGCAUGGUGGAGACGCAAGUGGACACACUCCAGUGCCCAUGUCGCAGCCCCUCAUCCGAGCGUCCUUGGAACACUCCAGCCAAGGAAGGAGUAGGGAGGAAGACGUGUCUGACGUCUGAAUGAGCUGUGAUGUGGGGAACACCACUUGGGUGCUCAGCGCUGAGGUCAUUUGGAACUUUGUUGUUGGUAGCCUGGGGUCUGGAGUGGCGCUCAGAGCCCCUCCUUGCCCUUCCUGAUCCGUUGCUUUGGUUAUAUAUUUUUUCUGAAUCGUUGCUUCCUUUUUAAAAGUUAGUCCUCUUUUAAAGUAUUUUUAAUCACUACAUUGAUAAAUAAAACCAACUUCUCCAUAAUA